UUAUGUCGGUUACAUAAGGCUUAAAUUUUAGUUUUGUUAUAUCGAAGCAAUUAGUCUAAAACUUAUACUCGUAUAUGCAACUAUCAACUUCAUUCAGCCAAUCAAAUCAAAAUAUACUAUACCUUGUACCUUUAUUAUUUUAUCUUCAAUACUUUCUUUUAAUUAUUACACCGCAAAUAUUUACUGGUUGAAUAUUGUUGUCUUCCUCAACGAGAUGUGGAUCGAAAAUGUAGGCACAGGGUUAUUUAAUUUAAUAUUCUCAUAGCGUCGAUAAGAAUAAUAAUUGCGAACAUUAAAGCGAUAAUACAAUAUAGUUUGUAAAUCAUUAUAUAAUAAUAUAAUAAUUAAAGAUAGUUAUAGAUAUCUUCAUUAUAUAAUAAAUGUUGUGACGUUCAGUUUAACAUUGCCUCCUAUUGACUGAUGUUGUGUUUUCAUCCAAAUUUUACAGUGCCUCUUGUUUGUAAUAUAAAGUAUUAAUAAUUUGUGCGUUAAAAAUUGAUAAUACCUACGUCGAAAUCAAAAUGAUUGUAAAAAAAUUGAUCUGUGUCUUGAUUUUGGUUCAACUUUUAGAAAUAUCAAAAUCCGCAAAAAUAUUAGCAGUUUUACCAAUUCCUGUUUUAAGUCAUCAAAUGGUGUUUCGAAAGUUAACACAAGAGUUGGCAAGACGUGGUCACCAAAUUACGGUUGCCACCGGAUUUCCUUUAUAUCCAAAAGGACAGGCGCCAGCUAAUUAUACUGAGAUUGAUAUACGUCCAGUGACAGACAAUGUACGUGCACAUCUAUUAAAUGAAGAUAUAAAAUCAUCGGAUGAUAUGGUCGCUCAGUUUGAAGUGACUUUUAGAGCAGGUACUCGAAUAAUUGAGGGAUUACUUGAAUUUGAAGAUAUGGACAAUUUAGUCAAAGAUAAAAAUGCCCAUUUUGAUCUAAUUUUCAUAGAAGACUGCGCAAAAUCAAUGUUGAUCUAUUCUCACAUAUUUAAUGCACCGGUUAUAGAGAUAAGUUCCUUUGGCGGCACUUUCAAGACGUUUGAGGCAGUAGGUGCACUGACACACCCAAUCUUAUAUCCUCUUGCUGUCAGACAAAAAUAUAAUGAUCUGUCGAUGUGGGAAAAAAUUUCAGAGUUAUAUCUGUUAUACAAAAUCGAAAAACUGUACAACGAUGCUGACACUUUGGAAACAGAACUAAUACGAAAACGUUUCGGAAAAAACACUCCAAGCAUACAUGACCUACAAAAAAAUAUACACAUGUUGUUUUUGAACAUACAUCCUAUUUGGGAUUCCAAUCGACCUGUUCCUCCUAAUGUUAUAUACUUAGGAGGUCUGCAUCAGAAACCGCACAACGAGUUACCUCAGGAUUUAAAAUCAUCUCUUGACGCUUCAAAGAAUGGUGUUAUUUAUGUCAGUUUUGGAACCAACGUUGAUACGACAAUAUUACAUGCUGAAAAACUACAAAUAUUUGUUAACGUCUUUUCCAAACUGCCUUAUGACGUGUAUUGGAAGUGGGAUGACGAAAAUCUGUCCAAAUUAUCUAAAAAUAUAAAGGUUAUGAAAUGGUUUCCUCAAUCAGAUUUAUUACGACAUCCAAAAGUUAAACUCUUUAUAACUCAAGCAGGCUUGCAAUCUACAGAUGAAGCUAUUGCUGGUGGCGUCCCAGUUAUUGGUGUACCAAUGAUGUGGGACCAAUGGUUUAACGCAGAUAAAUAUGUACAGUUAAAAAUUGGUUUAAAUUUGGAUAUUAACACACUCACAGAAACCAAAUUAAGGAAUGCUAUAGACACAGUUCUUGCCAACAAAGGGUACAAAGAAAACAUACUGAAGUUACGCUCAGUAAUGCGUGAUCAUCCAGAAUCACCUCUAGAGAGAGCCGUUUGGUGGACGGAAUAUGUUUUACGUAAUCGAGGGGCACAACACUUGCGUGCUCCUACUGCGAAUAUGAGCUGGGUGGAAUACUAUGAAGUUAAACUUAUACUUGUAAUUACGUCAGCGUUUGUUGCAAUUUUAACAUUAUUAUCAUUAAUGGUGUAUAGGAUUUUAAGAGCUUUAAUUAAAAAAGUGAAAACGGACUGAAAGUUUUAGCAGAAUUCAAUUCUGACGGCACUUCGAAAUUUAGGUUAUGUGACACCGCCAUCGAUCUCCUAAUAAAAAGUGGAUGCACAAUCAGCGACCAAAAAACGUCCCUACUCAAUGAGUCCCAAACACAACUUCUUGGCACUCAAUUCAAGAAGUCGCAUUUGCAAAUUCAACCUUAAACUUAAUCCUUAAGGUUGAAUUUGCAAUUUUAUUGAAUACUGGACUAUAUUUAAAGGCCUUUAGGUAUUUUUUUUUUUACCAAUAAUUGUAAAACUGUCAAAGCAAAAUUGGCCAGUUAUUAAGUCAAAUUUUCUUCUAACAUGAUUGUGCGUUCUUCUUGAGGUCAAUGGAAACCGCCAUAUAACAGCUAUUUAAGAAACUAUGAGCGGACUCUGACAUUCAUAAAAUUUAAGUUGUUCUUUCUUCCGCUUUGUAAUAUUUUAUUAAUUUGUACAAUUAUGAUGACUGUGCGUAAAAUGCGUAAACUUAAUUAAGAGAAACCUCUUUAAAUAUUCAUUUUAAAAUCACGUUUUGAAUAUUAACCUUGACACCCAAGUUCAACAGCCAUUUUGAAGUUAACAAGAUUCCACGACAAUUAUGAAAGCAAUUUUCCCACAAAUUUUCGGCAAUUAUGUCUGAUAAAUGGGUAGGAAAAGUUUAUGAAGAAAUCAGGGGUGGGUAAUUGAAAAAUAUUGCUUGCAUCAUUUAGGGAUUCAUUACCAAGGGGAAAAGUCAAAACAAACGACUUUGAAAUAAAAAAAAAUCUUGAGAAAACGUUCAAACAAACAGAAAUAAAUUUUUAUUAGAAUUUUAUUAGAAUAUUAAAUACGUAAUAAAUGCAGGUAAUGUAAUAGAAUAAAAAUUAUUGCAACAGAACUGUAGACUGAUAUUGACUUAUACUUCUUGUGAAGAAAUAGUUUAGUUAUAUAUAAUAAAUAAUAAUUAAUGUUCCUUUGAAAAAUCUCUCGAUUAGAAAAUUCUCGAUUCUCGAAUAGUAAAAUAAAUAAGCGUUGGUAGGUAAUUAUGACACAAUUAACCUCAAUAACACAGUAUUCCAAACAAUGUGAUGAACUCAAUGAAGUUAAAUUGAUAUCGUUGCGAUAGUUGUGUUGGUGUAAACUUCUACUUUUAACUUUUCUGCUCUUUUUGUUUUUCAGCACAUAGUACGACUAAAUUGCACUGUACCUUCAGUGAUUUCUGUAUUUUGUAGAAAAAUCUAUAUAGUUUAAAAACCAUAAAAUUUCAGCUGAAAUAUAUUGCGGUAUUUUAGUCGGUCUUUCUCGGCUAUCACCCUGCAGAGUAUGUCAUAAUAUUUACGGGACACUUGUAUAUUAUAAUUAUUAUUGUGUUAAGAAUAUGUAUCCUGAGUUAUACCUAGUAUAUUUUUUAUCUAAAUAUAUUUCUUUUUCUAUCGAAA